UCUGCAACAUUCAUUACUGGAACAUGCAGCGUAUUCGGAUCACCGGUGUGAAUGAGAAAAGACACAUCAUUUGCAUGCUGACCGGCUGCCUUUAUAAAACGCUCCACACCUCCUCCCUCCUCCACUCAUCAACAUCAGCAUAGUCUAAUAGCGAAAGGCACCUUUGACAAGCAAAUGGCGAUCGGCAUGACGGGUUUGGUGAAGAAGUUUUUAGCCUGCGGAGGCAGGAACUUCCGGAGCGGGCUACCGGAGGGCCACAUAUGGGUGUGCGUGGGCACGGAGGCGGCGGCGGCGCGGAGGCUGGAGGUGGAGGCGAACUACCUCAACCACCCGCUGUUGGAGGACCUUCUGCGGCUGUCGGUGCCGGAGUUCGGGUACUCGUACGAGGGGGCGCUGCGGAUCGCCUGCGACAUCGACUUCUUUCUGUACUUGCUCGAUCUGCUGAGGAGCAGCGACCCCGCCGUCCACUACAUGGAGCUCCGGGAUCUGAUGGCCGCCUUCUACGUCUCGGCUGGCGGUAGCAGACAACACCACCCAAGUUACCACCAGCAGCAGCAGAUGCUGCUGCUGCUGCUGCAGCAGCUCUGAUUCUAAUUUUCCUCAAAACAAAAGGGGAAAAAAUGAUUAUUUUCUUCUGUUUGACUUGAUUCAUUUCUUUUUUCUACCAAUAUAUAUAUAUAUAUAUAUCGCUCUUGAAGAAGAGUAGUUGACUACUUGCAUUUGCAUGUUUUGCCCAUGAGUUGACAUUGGGCCCUUCAUGUUCGUUUGUACAAAGGAAGGGAUGCUGAUUGAAUGAAACAGUUGGUGGCACUUCUUUUCA